CAACAACCCCACAGCAGUCAUGUUUAGUCAAUGAUUCGUCACAGUUACAGGUCUGAAACAAAAUGGAUGACUGUUUUCUUUUCUGUUGCUCCUGUGGCUGUGCAUGUUGAGCUGCCUCAGGACUAGGACGAGGAGAUUAAGGGAAUGGGAUUAAGGAGGAGUGUUACUAACCUGGAAGAAGACAGCUGCCUUUACGCAGACAACAGUAAAGAGAGGAGAGGAGCGGCAACUGGGACUGAAGAAGAGAGCAGCAACUGGGACUGAAGAAGAGAGGUAAUUGGGACUGAAGAGAAGAGCAGUAAACUGAGACUUUUAAUUUAACCAGAACAAAUUCUUAUUUCCAAUGACAGCCUAGGAACAGUGAGUUAACUGCCUAGUUCAACAGAUUUGUACCUUGUCAGCUAAGGGAUUCAAUCUUGCAACCUUUCGGCUACUAGUCCAAAGCUUUAUCCCGUAGGCUACUGUUCUGCCGACUGAAGAAAAGAUUGGUAACUGGGACUGAAGAGAAGAGAGAUAACUGGAACUGAAGAGAAGAGAGAUAACUGGGACUGAAGAAAAGAUUGGUAACUGGGACUGAAGAGAAGAGAGAUAACUGGGACUGAAGAGAAGAGAGAUAACUGGGACUGAAGAGAAGAGAGAUAACUGGGACUGAAGAAAAGAUUGGUAACUGGGACUGAAGAGAAGAGAGAUAACUGGGACUGAAGAGAAGAGAGAUAACUGGGACUGAAGAGAAGAGAGAAAACUGGGACUGAAAGAAGAGAGAUAACUGGGACCGAAGAAAAGAUGGGUAACUGGGACUGAUGAGAAGAGCUUUACUUACAGCUUCAACGUCUGGGAUUAUAUUGCCUUUAUUACAUUAUUUCUCUAGAUGUAUGAUUUCUCCAUCUGUCUCCUAGAGGUCUGACAGUGUAAGAGGACCCGGUGAGGGCUUGAGAAGCAGAGUGAUGAAUACAGGAAGUCAGAUUCGCCUUCUGCUGUGGAAGAAUUGGACUCUACGCAAGAGACAGAAGAUCCGCUUCCUGGUGGAGAUUCUGUGGCCGGUGGUUCUGUUCAUUGGUCUGGUGUGGUUGAGGAAAGCCAACCCCCUUUACAAACAACAUGAAUGUCACUUCCCCAACAAGGCCAUGCCUUCCACAGGUAUCAUCCCAUGGAUCCAGGGUAUCUUCUGUAACGCCAACAACCCCUGCUUCAAACACUCUAAGGGCAGAGGCCCUGGGGUCGUCUCCAACUACAACAACUGCAUACUGGCGCGGUUCUGGGCUGACUCCAAUGAGCUGUUGUUCGACGACCCAGAGUUCCAGCAGUUGGGUCGGCUGUGGGAGGACAUGGCCGUCAUGAACAACUUCAUGGACACCAUCUGUAACACACCAGAACAGAUAGCCGGUCGAGGUCUGAAGAUAGAGGAUAUCCUGAAGGAUGAUGAGAUGUUGACAGCCUUCCUGCUGAGAGACGUUGGCCUGUCAGAGUCUGUGGUUCAUCAGCUGGUCAACGCUCAAGUCCGUCCAGAACAGUUUGCCCAUGGUGUUCCAGACCUCCACUUGAAGGACAUCGCCUGCAGCCAGGCUCUUCUGGAGAGGUUUAUCAUCUUCCCCAGCCGGAGAGGCAUGUACGGAGUACGGAACGCUAUGUGUGCCCUGACACAGCAGCGCCUGCAGAAGAUAGAGGACAUGCUUUAUGCUAACGUUGACUUCUUCAAGAUCUUCAGACUGCUGCCCCGGGUGUUGGACAACCACACGGACGGACCAGACCUACGAUACUGGGGGCGUGUUCUAACCGCUGUAUCAGAGAAGGUCCAAGUGCUCUUUGAGAGAAACAGCACCAAGGACCUUCUGAAGAUAGUCUAUCCGUUGUUCCGGGCUGGUGGUCCAAGCUCCUUUAGCCAGCUGAUGAGCAUUGUGUCUGCCCUGUUCUGUGGGUACCCAGACGGAGAGGGAUCCAGGGUCCUCUCCUUCAACUGGUACGAAGACAACAACUACAAGGUGUUCCUGGGGGUGAAUGGAUCCAAGAACCACGACUAUGUCUACGACAUGACAACCACUCCGUUCUGUAACGACCUGAUGCAGACUCUGGAGUCUAACCCGGUCACUAAGAUCGUCUGGAGUUCAGUCAAGCCUCUCUUCAUGGGGAAGAUCCUCUACGCUCCAGACUCCCCAGCCAUCAGACUGAUACUAAAGAGUGCCAACACUACGUUUGAGGAGCUGGAGCGUCUGAUGACCAUGGGAAAGGCCUGGGAGGAGGUGGGACCUCAAAUCUGGAGGUUCUUCAACGCUGGCCUACAGAUAAACAUGAUCAGGGACACCAUCAGAAACCCCACGGUAGCAGACCUAAUCGACAGGAGUAUGGAGGACACUGAGUUCUCCUCUAAAGACAUCCUCAACUUCCUGUACAACGGGCUUGAGGAGGACAGAGAAGAGACCAUGCCCAGCUUCGACUGGAGGAACGUCUUCAACCUCACAGACCAGGCCGUCCGCAUGUUCAACCAGUACGGAGAGUGUAUCAGUUUGGAUAAGUUCAAACCCCAUACAGACGAGGAUCAGCUGACCCACCAGGCUCUCUUUCUAUUGGAGGAGAAUAAGUUCUGGGCAGGGCUAGUCUUCCUGGAUGUCUACCCCUGGACCACUACCGUGCCGCGUCACGUCAAGUACAAGAUACGCAUGGACAUCGACCAAGUGGAGAGAACCAACAAGAUCAAAGACAGGUAUUGGGACCCUGGUCCCAGAGCAGACCCUAUGGAGGAUCUGAGGUAUAUCUGGGGUGGCUUUGCCUAUCUCCAGGACAUGGUAGAGCAUGGCAUACUGAAGAUACAGACGGGACACGACUGGCCCCUGGGAGUCUACGUACAACAGAUGCCAUACCCCUGCUAUGUAGACGACCUCUUCAUGUUGACUCUGAACCGGUGCUUCCCUAUCUUCAUGGUGCUAGCGUGGAUCUACUCUGUGUCUAUGACGGUGAAGAGCAUCGUUCUGGAGAAGGAGCUACGCCUCAAAGAGACACUCAAGGCCAUGGGAGUGACCAACGGAGUGAUCUGGUACACCUGGUUUAUAGACAGCUUCAUCAUGAUGACCGCCAGCACAGCCCUGCUCACACUGAUUAUUAUGGCUGGUAAGGUGUUGAACUACUCCAACCCGCUGGUAGUGUUCCUGUUCCUCCUGACGUUCACCAUGACCACCAUCAUGCAGUGUUUCCUACUCAGUGUGUUCUUCAACAAGGCCAACCUGGCUGCAGCCUGCAGCGGUAUCAUCUACUUCACCCUCUACCUGCCCCACAUCCUCUGUGUGGCCUGGCAGGACCGCAUCACCAAGAACGCCAAGAUCACAGCGAGUCUGCUGUCCCCAGUAGCGUUUGGUUUUGGGACGGAGUACCUGUCUCGUUAUGAGGAGCAGGGCCUGGGUCUGCAGUGGGACAACAUUGGCACCAGUCCACUAGAGGGCGAUGCCUACUCCUUCUUCACCUCCAUAGGCAUGAUGAUGUUUGACGCCGUGCUCUAUGGCUUCCUGGCAUGGUACCUUGACAACGUCUUCCCAGGUCAGUAUGGGAUUGGACGACCAUUCUACUUCCCAUUCCAGCCCUCCUAUUGGCAAAGGUCUGAACCCGCCCUCUCCAACAUUCCAGACUCAGAUCCAGAGAUGCCCGACGUGGACAAGGACGUAGACAGUAUGUGUUCACCUAGGAGGUGUAAUGGCGUGGGGGUAAAGAAACCCUGCAAACACCAGGACAAGAGAGAGAGGAUGGAGAGAGAGAGGGAGGAGCUGCUGAAACGACAGGAAGAAGAACAGAACAAGGAGAAGCAGGAAGAGGACCUGACAGGUCAGUUGUUCUUUGAGCCGGAGCCAGCAGGGCUGACCGUGGGGGUAGAGAUUCAGGACUUGGUCAAGGUGUUUCCUGGGGGAUCCCGUCCGGCCGUGGAUCACCUCAGCAUCGCCUUCUACGAGGGCCAGAUCACAUCGUUCCUAGGACACAACGGAGCCGGGAAAACCACCACUAUGUCUAUCCUGACUGGUCUGUUCCCUCCUACAUCUGGGACAGCCUUUAUCAACGGGAAAGACAUCAGGACUGACAUGGACAGUAUCCGCACAUCCAUGGGCAUGUGUCCCCAGUACAAUAUCCUCUUCAAACAUCUGACGGUGGAGGAACACAUCCUGUUCUACUCCAUGCUGAAGGGCACCUCUCAGGCUGAGGCUCAACAGGCGGUCGAGGUCAUGCUGGAGGACCUGGGCCUGCCUCAUAAGAGAGACGAGGAGGCACAGAACCUCUCAGGGGGUAUGCAGAGGAAGCUGUCUGUUGCCAUGGCAUUUGUUGGGGGGUCAAAGAUUGUGAUCCUGGAUGAGCCCACGUCGGGGGUCGACCCUUACUCCAGACGGUCCAUCUGGGACCUGCUACUCAAAUACCGCACAGGCCGUACAGUGAUCCUGUCCACUCACCACAUGGACGAGGCUGACCUGUUGAGUGACCGUGUCGCCAUCAUCUCUAAGGGCCAGCUCCAUUGCUGUGGCUCCCCCCUCUUCCUCAAGAACUGCUUCGGGGUGGGAUUCUACCUCACCCUGGUCCGACGCAUGAAGGACGUGAGGAAAAAAGAGAAUGAGUGUGACUGUGCCUCAGAGUGUUCCUGUACCUGUUCCACCUGCACCAAGGUGAAAGAGGAAUCCCAGGGCCAGUCCCAGCAGCUGGAGAGAGCUCUGGAUGGUGACGUGGACAACAUCACCACGCUGAUCCAUCACCACGUCCCAGAAGCCAAGCUGAUCGAGGCCAUCGGCCAGGAGCUGACCUUCCUGCUGCCCAACAAGGGUUUCAAGCACCGGGCCUACGCCUCCCUCUUCAGAGAACUAGAGGAAACACUGGGAGACAUGGGCCUCAGCAGCUUCGGCAUCUCUGACACCUCACUGGAGGAGAUCUUUCUGAAGGUGACAGCAGAUGGGGAAGAAGCAGCAGCCAAUGCCAAAACUCCAGAACAGUGGAUGUUGCUGAAGAGAACCAAAAGCUGCAGUAAAGUUGGUGUGGAGGAGGGUGAACCUGAAGAGGCUAACGGUCUGAAGCAGGCCAACGGUGGGGGUAACCAUGACGACGACAGCGCAGGGAAAGGGUCGAGUCAGGUCAAAGGAGCCGAUCUGGUCAUGAAGCAGUUUCUGGCCCUGCUGGUCAAGAGGUUUCACCAUGCUACCAGAUCAUACAAAGACUUCCUCGCACAGAUCGUCCUGCCUGCUAGCUUCGUCCUGAUAGCCCUGAUCUUCACCAUGAUCGUGCCUCCGUUCGGAGAGUACCCCCCCCUCAUCCUCACUCCCUGGAUGUAUGGAAAGCAGCUAACUUUCUUCAGUAACGAGCGACUGGAAAACAACCAGAUGAGACAUUUCACCAAGGUGUUGCUGAACCCCCCUGGCCUUGGCACUCGCUGUAUGGCAGGAAGCCCUCUACAAAACCUGCCCUGUGAGAACGAGACAUUGGGCUGGGAGACACCUGCGGUUUCUUCAAUAGCCAAUAACAUCCUGCAGAGCCCUGAGUGGCACCCGCUAAACCCCUCCCCUUCCUGCCAGUGCAGCACCAAUAAGAAGCUGACUAUGUUACCCAUCUGUCCAAUCGGAGCUGGGGGGCUGCCCCCUAUGCAGAGGAAAGAGGCUACGGGAGAUAUACUACUGGACCUGACUGAUAGAAACAUUACAGACUACCUGGUUAAAACCUACCCCAGCCUCAUCAGACAAAGUUUGAAGAGCAAAUACUGGGUGAAUGAACAAAGGUAUGGAGGUCUGUCUGUUGGAGGUCAGCUGCCCAUACUGGAAGUCAGCCCUAAACAGAUCCAGGAUACCCUCUCUCAACUGAUGAAGAUGCUCAACGUCACUGGGGGUCCCUACACAAAAAAAUCGCUGCAGGAGAUCGGACCUUUCCUCAGAUACAUGGAAAGUGAAUACAAUGUCAAAGUCUGGUACAACAACAAAGGCUGGCAUGCCAUGGUGGCCUUCAUGAAUGUGGCCAACAACGCCAUUCUGAGGGCUCACCUGCCUCGUAACGUUGACCCCAUGCAGUACGGCAUCACAGCCAUCAACCACCCCCUCAACCUCACCAAGGAACAGCUGUCUGAAGUCACUGUGUUGAAGACAUCAGUAGAUGCCGUGACAGCUAUCUGUGUGAUCUUUGCCAUGUCCUUCAUCCCAGCCUCGUUUGUCCUCUACCUGAUCCAGGAGAGAGUAACUAAGGCCAAACACCUCCAGUUCGUCAGCGGGGUCAGCCCCCUUGUCUACUGGUUAGCCAACUUCUUCUGGGAUAUGAUGAACUACUCUCUCAGUACAGCCAUGGUGGUGGGGAUCUUUGUGGCCUUCGACAAGAAGUGUUACACCUCACCCACCAACCUGCCAGCCCUCGUUCUCCUGCUCUUCCUGUAUGGGUGGUCAGUAACCCCCAUGAUGUACCCCAUGUCAUACAUCUUUAACAUCCCCAGUACAGCCUACGUCUCUCUGUCCUGCAUCAACCUGUUCAUCGGCAUCAACAGCAGCGCCCUCACCUUCAUAUUGGAACUGUUCGAGAACAACCGGGCCUUGUUAGAGUUCAAUGAGUGGCUGAAGAAAGGCCUCCUGGUCUUCCCUCACUUCUGUCUGGGCCGGGGGCUGAUUGACAUGGCUAUGAACCAGGCGGUGACUGAUGUCUAUGCACACUUUGGUGAGGACCGUGCCAUGGAUCCGUUCAAAUGGGACUUUGUAGGGAAGAACCUGGUCUUCAUGGCUAUAGAGGGAUGUGUCUAUUUCCUCUUCACUAUCCUCAUAGAGUACCGCUUCUUCCUCGACCACUGGUUAUCAGACUUCCGAGGGCCCCCUCCUAAAGAUGAGGACGAGGACGUGGCGGCGGAGAGAGAGAGGAUCUAUAACGGCGGGAACAAGAGUGACAUCCUCCAGAUCAGAGACCUCUGCAAGACGUACUCUGGGAAGACGAGACAAGCGGUGGACAGGAUCUGUGUGGGCGUGCCUGCAGGAGAGUGUUUCGGUCUGUUAGGAGUGAACGGAGCCGGGAAAACAACCACCUUUAAGAUGUUGACUGGAGACACAGACGUUAGUUCUGGAGAGGCCACUGUCUCUGGAUACAGUAUCCUGUCGGACAUGUUGGACGUGCACCAGAACAUGGGCUACUGCCCUCAGUUUGACGCUAUAGACGACCUGCUGACAGGCAGGGAACAUCUUUACCUCUACGCUCGUCUCCGAGGGGUCCCCGAGUCAGACAUCAGCAGAGUGGCAGAUUGGGGCAUCCAGAAGCUGGGUCUAUCAGAGUACGCUGGUCGCUGUGCAGGAACAUACAGCGGAGGCAACAAGAGGAAACUCUCCACAGCCAUCGCUAUGAUUGGCUGCCCAGCCCUGGUUCUACUGGAUGGAACCCACUACAGGUAUGGACCCCCACUCCAGACGGUUCCUGUGGACUGCCAUUAUGAGUGUCAUCCAGGACGGAAGGGCUGUGGUUUUGACAUCACACAGCAUGGAGGAGUGUGAAGCUCUGUGCACUCGGUUGGCCAUCAUGGUCAACGGCACCUUCAAAUGUCUGGGGACCAUACAGCACCUCAAAUACAAGUUUGGUGAUGGCUACGUGGUGACCAUGAAGGUAAAGGCAGCUAAAGCAGGCGUAUCUCCAGAGCUGGGUCCAGCAGAGAGCUUCAUGGAGAGCAGCUUCCCAGGGUGUGUCCAGAGAGAGAAACACUACAACACUCUGCAGUAUGAGAUCGCCUCCUCCUCCCUCGCUAGGAUCUUCCAGCUGGUGGUCGCCAACAAGGACAAACUCAAUAUAGAGGAUUAUUCUGUAUCACAGACUACACUAGAUCAGGUGUUUGUGAACUUUGCUAAGCAGCAGGCAGGAGAGGACGAGGACGUUUUACAACCCCGAGCGGUCAACGCGCGCAAUGAAAAACAAAAUGUCCCCACGAAACGCAAGGUCUCCCCCAUCAAGAUAAAAACCAGAAGACAAACUAAAACUUGAAAGUUAAUCUGUGAAAAUAUGACUUCCUAGCGGAAUGUAUUGUCUAAGUGUUUAAUGCAGAAAACCGACAAAAUGUGUUGUUUAUUUUUACCUUACUAGGCAAGUCAGUUUUCAAUGACGGCCUGGGAACAGUGGGUUAACUGGUCUAGGAACAGUGGAACAGUGGGUUAACUGGUCUAGGAACAGUGGAACAGUGGGUUAACUGGUCUAGGAACAGUGGAACAGUGGGUUAACUGGUCUAGGAACAGUGGGUUAACUGGUCUAGGAACAGUGGAACAGUGGGUUAACUGGUCUAGGAACAGUGGAACAGUGGGUUAACUGGUCUAGGAACAGUGGAACAGUGGGUUAACUGGUCUAGGAACAGUGGAAUAGUGGGUUAACUGGUCUAGGAACAGUGGGUUAACUGGUCUAGGAACAGUGGGUUAACUGGUCUAGGAACAGUGGGGUUAACUGGUCUAGGAACAGUGGGGUUAACUGGACUAGGAACAGUGGGUUAACUGGUCUAGGAACAGUGGGUUAACUGGUCUAGGAACAGUGGGUUAACUGGUCUAGGAACAGUGGGUUAACUGGUCUAGGAACAGUGGGUUAACUGGUCUAGGAACGGUGGGUUAACUGGUCUAGGAACGGUGGGUUAACUGGUCUAGGAACAGUGGGUUAACUGGUCUAGGAACAGUGGGUUAACUGGUCUAGGAACAGUGGGUUAACUGGUCUAGGAACAGUGGGGUUAACUGGUCUAGGAACAGUGGGUUAACUGGUCUAGGAACAGUGGGGUUAACUGGUCUAGGAACAGUGGGGUUAACUGGUCUAGGAACAGUGGGUUAACUGGUCUAGGAACAGUGGGUUAACUGGUCUAGGAACAGUAGGUUAACUGGUCUAGGAACAGUGGGUUAACUGGUCUAGGAACAGUGGGUUAACUGUCUUGCUCAGGGGGCAAAAUGACAGAUUUGUACCCUGUCAGCUCAGGGAUUUGAACUUGCAACCUUUCGGUUACUAGUCCAACACUCUAACCACUAGGUUACCUGCCGCCCUUAAACUCUAACCACUAGGCUACCCUGCCUCCCCAUUGUAAUAGCUAGACAUGCACAGGCACACUGGCAGUAUAAUGAAAACAUUUUGAAAUGAUGGUUAGAUUCAUGAAUUAUGUUUGGAAUAUGUUCCUUAGGCUUUGGAAGUCAUAUUUUUGCCUGUUGAUUGUGCAUUGUGUAAAAUGGCCGCCAAAAGUCAAGACGAGGUCACGUUUGCAGGAUACAGAUGUCAGUUGACAGCAGAUAGCUCCUCAAACACACCAGGGGUGUGAUCUCAAUAGUUUGGCUUCCUCGCCUCAUCUCCUUUUCACGUGUUCAUUGAAGAGGAAACAGCUCCCUUGGUUUAUGAGGGGGCGGCUUCCUCGUCAACUAAACACACCUACACAGAGAAUAGGUCCCUAUUUUGUUUUGUUUUGUUAUUACGCAGUAUCAAUACGGGACCACAAGAUGGCGCUGCAUUUACACUGACAUUUAUAUACCAGAACUAAUAAUAAUGCUUAGAUAAUUUAUGUAGCCUUUCAAAUAAUGUAGAAAAAAAUCUUGCCUGGCUUAUAUAUGUGUUUUGCCAUUUUCAUCACUUUAGGACAUAUUCUGUUAGUCAUUUAGCAGACGCUCUUAUCCAGAGAGACUUACAGAGAGCUAGGUGAGACAAUCAUAUUAAGUACAUUUUUUCCCCCUCAAGGUAGCUAUCAGUGCUGGUAGGGAGGUGGUGUGGGAUUAUUUAAGAUACGCUUUGAAGAGGUAAAGUUUCAGAUGUCAUAUCCUAAGCACAGCUUUAUAUGCUCACCUAAUGUAUAGUGCAGGGGAACAAUGUAAUUUUACCUUUAUCUAACUAGGCAAGUCAGUUAAGAACAAAUUCUUAUUUACAAUGACCGCCUAGGAACAGUGGGGUUAACUGGUCUAGGAACAGUGGGGUUAACUGCCUUGUUCAGGGGCAGAACGACAGAUUUGUACCUUGUCAACUCAGGGAUUUGAUCUAGCAACCUUUCAGUGACUGGCCCAACACUCUAACCACUAGGCUACCUGCCUCUAACCACUAAGCUACCUGCCUCUAACCACUAGGCUACCUGCCUCUAACCACUAGGCUACCUGCCUCUAACCACUAGGCUACCUGCCUCUAACCACUAGGCUACCUGCCUCUAACCACUAGGCUACCUGCCUCUAACCACUAGGCUACCUGCCUCUAACCACUAGGCUACCUGCCUCUAACCACUAGGCUACCUGCCUCUAACCACUAGGCUACCUGCCUCUAACCACUAGGCUACCUGCCUCUAACCACUAGGCUACCUGCCCCUAACCACUAGGCUACCUGCCUCUAACCACUAGGCUACCUGCCUCUAACCACUAGGCUACCUGCCUCUAACCACUAGGCUACCUGCCUCUAACCACUAGGCUACCUGCCUCUAACCACUAGGCUACCUGCCUCUAACCACUAGGCUACCUGCCUCUAACCACUAGGCUACCUGCCUCUAACCACUAGGCUACCUGCCUCUAACCACUAGGCAACCUGCCUCUAACCACUAGGCAACCUGCCACCUCUACACUCUAACCACUAGGCUACCUGCCACCUCUACACUCUAACCACUAGGCUACCUGCCACCUCUACACUCUAACCACUAGGCUACCUGCCACCUCUACACUCUAACCACUAGGCUACCUGCCACCUCUACACUCUAACCACUAGGCUACCUGCCACCUCUACACUCUAACCACUAGGCUACCUGCCACCUCUACACUCUAACCACUAGGCUACCUGCCUCUAACCACUAGGCUACCUGCCCCCCACAGAGGGCCGUGUGGCAGGCUUUUGUUCUAGCCAAACAGUCUCGGUUGAAGACAAUGACUCUUAGUUGAUUAGUUGAAUCAGGUGAGUUUCUGCUUGGCUGGAAUGAAAGCCUGCACAUAUAUGAUAUAGGCUUUCACUCCCGUUGUAGUGGACUCAAACACAACGUAACGAACAAACCGCAAAAUAUAUUCUUUAUUUUAUUGUUACCAUUUUUUUGUUUGUUUUUGAAAUGUCAUGAUAACUGUGUUUAACAUGUUACAAAUGCUGUUUCUAAUCAAGAAGACGCUUUUGGAUUUACGCUUCCAUUUCCUACGAUCAGGGAUCGGGCAACUAUGAUGGGGUUGGGAGCCACUAAAAAAUCUGAAGUCAUUAUGAGGGGCCAUAGUGGCUGGCGGGUCUGUAUACCCGCAUUUAUAUACCAAAAACUACUAAUAAUGCUUAGCUCAUUUACAUAGCCGUUCAAAUAAUGUAGAAAUAUAUUGCUUGGUUUAUAUAUUCUACACAUUUCGCCAUUGGGAUGUAAAGAACAUUUUGCUGUUUUAAAUCAAGUAUUUUGCAAUUCUACAAAUUUUGACCAUUGGGACAGAGAGCCGAUUUGGCAAUUUUCUAACACAUUUCCUUUAAUUCUACUCAUUUUUCUAUGGGGUGGAGAGAAAUGUGAGGCUGACCAACAAAAUCAAAUGCGCCCCCCCCCCCCGGCUGGUGAAUCCACCACGAUUACUACCUUUUGUUUAUACCUGGCUGCUAGACUAAUUUACUAAUCAAAUUUGUUUUGGCUGACAUUCCAACAGUGAUAAAUAGAAAACAAGAGAAAAACUGCUGAUGUAAAACCACAUUUCAAAAUGGCACCUUGUGCAUUCUACCACCCCCCCCCCCCCCCUCCAGCACCAGCGAGGGCCUUCAUAAGGGGCCCCUCGCGAGCUGCCAGUUGCCCAUCCCUGUCAUAGCUAGUAUUAUGGAUGAGAAUAGAUAUGUGUAUCAACUUCAACUGAUGCCAUGUUUUAACAGCAACACACACUGGCCCUGUUAAAUCCAAAUGGGUUCAUUAAUAACACAAAGUUACUGUGAACAAAUAGAACAGCCCCACUGUAAAACUAACAACGUAAACAAAUAAGAUAAAAUACUAAUAAUAUCACAUAUUAAAUGAUGGUUACUUCAUAUCUGAUUUGACUGAACAGGGCCGUCCGUCCUUCAACAGGGGAACAAGUGCACUAGACUUCAAGUGCACUAGACUUCAAGUGCACUAGACUUCAAGUGCACUAGACUUCAAGUGCACUAGACUUCAAGUGCACUAGACUUCAAGUGCACUAGACUUCAAGUGCACUAGACUUCAAGUGCACUAGACUUCAAGUGCACUAGACUUCAAGUGCACUAGACUUCAAGACCACUACUAUAAUGUAUACACAUUGUCACUCACAUGAACUGUGCUGCAACGAUGAUUAUGGUGAAUAAAAAAAGAUGUAUAAAUUCUCUACGACUAAAGGGAAUCAAACCAA